ACAGAAAAAGCCUAGGACGACAGUUAUGCUCCUAAAUCUCGCCCAAACCACGCCACCCUCUCUCCUCUCCCACGCCGGCUAAAGGUAACGGUAAGAAGAAAACCUCUCCGGUCACUUUUUUUUCUCUCAAAGAGAAAAAAACUCAUUACAAAUUCCCUCACACUCUCACCAAAUCGACUCACAUUCACUAAUUUCUCUCCUUAAUUUCCUUUAUAAUCAUUCCAUUUUUUCUUUUAUUUAAAGUUAACAGAAAGGGUUUUAAACAGAAAUUAGGGUUUUGAAGAAGAAUGGUAUCUGAAUUGAAUUUUGAAUUUUUAUUGUUAUGACAAUGGUAGCUGCAGUUUCAACACCAAUAAACCCCAAAACGGCAUCAACAACUAGAACAACGCAAAGCCAAAACCCAACAAGACCUCCGUUAUUACCAUCAGACCCCGACAAUGCUCUCGCUCCUCGCCGUCCAAAAUCCCGAGAAGUCAGUUCUCGAUACAUGUCAUCGGCAUCGGCAUCCACUACUUCAACGUCAAGACGGUGCGCUUCUCCGUCGAUUUCACGACGAACAGCGACUUCAACGACUUCCGCUGCUUCCACAAUCAAACGGUCACAAUCAGUGGAGCGUAGGCGUCCUGCUACACCAAGAACUAACUCUCUUGAUUUGAGAAUAGGAAAUACCAAUUGUGGGGUUGUUGAAAGUGGUGAGAUGACAAAUGCCCAGAGAAUGUUGAUAACUUCAACGAGAAGAUUAUCGGUGUCGUUUCAAGGAGAGUCGUUUUCGUUUCAAUUGAAUAAAGCGAAACCAACUCCGUCUCCCAUUAGUGUAAGAAAAGGAACACCAGAGAGGCGUAAAGCAACCACUACAAUACCGACCAGAAGAGCUGAUCAAGUAGAGAAUUUAGGGCCUAUAGAGCAACAUCGGUGGCCAGGAAGAUUUAGGCAGCCGAAUCCAAUGACUAGAAGAAGCAUGGAUUGUACUGAUGAUAGAAAGAAAUUUGCUGGGUCUGGAGUCAAUUUGAAUGUUGUUAGGGCAUUGCAAAAUUCAAUGGCGGAUAACAACAAUACCAGCUCAUCAAUUGAAAGCAGAUUGAGUUCUGAUUCUAGCACAAUCGAUUCCACGAAGCCUAUUGACGUGAAUGAAUCUGAUGUUCAUAGUGAACAUCCUUUGGCUUCGGAUACUGAGAGUGUAUCAUCUGGUACUACUUCAGAGAGUAGUGGAAAUGCUGUUGGUGUUGCAGGACAGGGGGGGCGUGGGUUUAUCGAGCCGGCAAGGUUUUGGCAAGAGACUGCUAGUAGAAUCAGGCGGCAACCAGAGCCUGGGUCACCAGUUUCUAGGAAUAAUGGAUUGAAAGGACCUACACCGGCCAAACUUAUUGCACCAAAGAAGUUUGGAAGUGAUAGUCCAGUAUCUUCUCCAAAAGGAGUUGUCAAUAGUAGGGGACAGAUGUCUCCUAUUCGUGGUGGGGCGUUACGGCCUGGGUCGCCUAGUAAGUUUGGGAUAUCAUCGGCUGCUGCACGGUCUCCUAUGAGGGGAAUGAGUCCAUCGAGGGUGAGGAAUGCCGUGGGAGGUGUUGUGAGUAGUAAUUUGAGCAACGUGAAUAGUACCCCUCCAAUUCUGAGCUUUGCUGCUGAUAUUAGGAGAGGGAAGAUUGGGGAGAAUCGGAUUGUGGAGGUGCAUUUGUUAAGGAUUUUUCAUAAUCGGUUGUUGCAAUUGCGUUUUAUCAAUGCCAGAGCUGAUUCUGCUCUGUCUGCUCAGCGGUUGAAUGCAAAGAAAAGCCUGUAUAAUGCACAUGUAACAACAUCAAAACUGUGUGAAUCUGUGAGAGCAAAAAGAACAGAGUUGCAAUGGCUAAGGCAAAAUUUGAAGCUGAUUUCCAUCCUCAAGGAGCAAAUGUUGUGUUUGGAAGAACUGGCAUUGAUUGACCAGGAUUACUCCCGUUCUUUAUCAGGGGCCAUUGAAGCUUUGCAGGCUAGCACGCUCCGUUUGCCAAUUGUUGAUGGGGCAAGGGCAGAUGUCCAAAAUCUGAAGGAUGCUAUCUGUUCAGCAGUUGAUGUGAUGCAGGCAAUGGCAUCCUCAAUUUGCUUAUUGAUAUCAAAGGUUGGGGAAGUAAAUUCUUUGGUUGCGGAACUGGAAAAAUUAACUCAGAAGGAGCGUAAUAGGCUUUAUCAGUGCAAGGAUCUAUUGUCAACUAUUGCAGCCUUGCAGGUGAAAGAAUGUAGCCUGAGAACUCAUAUUUUACAUCUAAACCGAGUGCCUUCCAGCCUGACAACACAAGUGUAAAAAGCUCAUAUCACCUAAUUCGUUCCCAAAUGCUAACGACAUCAAAUCACCUCAUUAUCCUGUGAUUCAAGGAACCGAGGGGAAAAGUAUUGGAUGGAUAAAGCGAAAGUAGCUAUUUUGUAUGCAUAGAUGGCAUGAAGUUGCCAUUAUCAAAGUCAUAAUUAGAUUGUAUAGAGGUAACCUCUCUACAGGGCAGAGUACAGCGCAUGUAAAUAUACAUAUUGAUGUUUCCAAUCUCUCUUUUCUAAGUUUCCUCUUCUAUUUUUUA